UCCUACUAUGGCGACCACAUGGUGCUGCAGAAAGAGCCUGCGGGGGCCGUGGUGUGGGGCCACGGGGAGCCAGGGGCUGUGGUGACAGUGUCUCUCUCAGGGGACAGUGGCCUCAUCAUGAUGAAGAAGACAGCACAGGUCAAAGGACCUUCUGGGAUGUGGACAAUUGUCCUGGAUCCAGUGGCCGACACUCUGACAGCUGAGCAGGGCUUGGAGAACGUGACGCUGCAGGACAUCUACUUUGGGGACGUGUGGCUUUGCAGUGGGCAGAGCAACAUGGCAAUGACAGUCCUGCAGGUGGCCAAUGCCAGCGAGGAGCUCACUGCCGCCACGCGCUAUCCCUACAUCCGCAUCUUCGCCGUGGCACCUGCCCACUCUGACUUCGAGCUGGAGGACCUGGAGCGGAUCGACUUGCCAUGGUCCAUCCCAACGGCUGAGAACCUGGGCCAUGGGAAUUUCACCUACUUCUCGGCUGUCUGCUGGCUGCUGGGGCGCUCUCUGUACGAGGUGCUGGGGUACCCUGUCGGGCUGGUGGAGGUAGCCUGGGGAGGGACCCCCAUCGAGGCCUGGUCCUCCCGCCGGGCUCUGCAGGCGUGUGGGCUCCUGGAGGACAUGGGGAGUGUCUCCCCAUACCAGCACCUCUUAGGCCCACAAACACCCUCUGUGCUCUGGAAUGCCAUGAUCCACCCUCUGCUCAACAUGACCCUGCGAGGCAUCGCCUGGUACCAGGGUGAAGCCAACACCCUCCUGCAUACGGACCAGUAUAACUGCACCUUCCCCGCGCUCAUCGCUGACUGGCGCCAGGCGUUUCAUGCUGGGUCAGCCGGACAGACGGAGCUGCUCCUGCCCUUCGGCUUCGUGCAGCUGUCCACCUACCGCCAUCAGAGCCCGGACGACAGCUUUGCCCGGCUGCGCUGGCACCAAACAGCCGACCUGGGGGUUGUUCCCAACACCAGGCUGCCUGGCACCUUCAUGGCUGUGGCCAUGGAUCUGGGCGAUGAGCACUCUCCCUACGGCAGCAUCCACCCCCGGGACAAGCAGAAUGUGGCACACCGCCUGCUGCUGGGGGCCAGGGCUGUGGCAUAUGGGGACAAAAAGCUGGUUUUCCAGGGGCCAUAUCCCACCCGGGCUGUCCUGGAGGUGACCAGAGGGCUGCUGAACAUCACCUACAACCAGGAGCUCAUCUGCCGUCAGAGGGACACACGGGCAUUCGAGGUGUGCUGCUCCAGCCAGGCAUCCCCAUGCUGGUGGCUGCCAGCACCGGUGGUGGCAGUGAGGUCCCACACGGUGACACUGGCCCUGGGCAGCUGUGGGACACUGGUGCUGGCCCUGCGCUACGCCUGGGCUGAGUGGCCCUGUGAGUACCAGUCCUGCCCCCUCUACAACCUCCAGGGGCUGCCUGCACCUCCCUUCCUGCUGGACACCUUCCCCGCAGGGAGAAGCGCUGGAGGGAGGGAGCUGCUCCUUGUCCCCAGCUCUGGGUUCUCCCAGGGGAUUUAG